AACAACGUAUCUUUUAGCUCAAAUCGUAUAUCAGUUGCAUGAUGAGGUUUGUAAGGAGUACACUGCUGCUUCUGAGCUUUCUUUGGGUGGAGAGUAAGAGCAGAAGGAUUUGGGACAAGCAGGGGCCGCUCUACGAGUCUACGAAGCUACUGAUAGCCGAGGAAAGCUUUAGGGCCGAUCAACUAUGGAAUGACACGCAUCACGCGAUCUACGCACACGCCGAGCAAGUGCAGCAGGCAAAGGACACCCUAGACACUAAACAGCAGCAAGUGAGUGCGCGGCUAGAGGACUUCUUUGACCACCAAUACACUGUGGAGUGGGGCUCCUGCUUCAAGCAACACGAGCGCGAAGUAGCCCACUUCAAUAGGGAACUGAUUGACAAGUAUAGCAUCUGCCGGCAAUCUCUGGAUAGCGUAAUGGAACACUUCGAGCAGGAGGUUGUGCGGGAGGCCAACUUUCUGAAUGUGGCCGCACAGAAGAUUUCGGAUCUAUCGAAGAUUUGUCAGAUCUGGCAGCUGAAGCAAUCCUCCUUUAACCAUGCCGGCGUGCUGCUCUGCACCGUGGCCGGCAUUGGAGGCAUCAAUCAACGCAUGGCCUCCAGUCUGGAGCUUUGCUGGGACAUUCUGCUGCAGUUGUCGCUAGAGGAACUGGACACACCCAGUUGCACUGCCUAUCACCAGCUGAAGAUGCAGUUCGAUGUGGUCUAUGCCGGUAUCGAAUCCUGUGUUAUGGAGUGAGGAAGAAUAAACUAUGCUGCACUAAAUCU